UUAAGUUUUAAUAAGUGUUAAACCCCAACAAAACACGUAACUAAUUUCCAGGCUGCUGAAAUCUAAAACCCCAGCUCCUAUACUCAAGACUGAAGAACAAGAGUAAGAAGCACACAAAAUUAGGGCAUCCAAUUUUUUUUUCUCCGAUAAUCUGAUUUUCCGAAAACUAUUUCUCCAAAAUUUCCCCAAUUAACUCAAUUCGAGCUUUAUACAUUAUCCAAGAUGAGUACCAUGAAGUUUUGCCGUGAAUGCAACAAUAUUCUGUACCCAAAGGAGGACAAAGAUCAUAAGAUUCUCCUUUACGCUUGCCGAAAUUGCGAUCACCAGGAGGUUGCUGAUAACAACUGCGUAUACAGAAAUGAGAUACAUCAUGCUGUUGGUGAACGUACUCAGGUCUUACAAGAUGUAGCUGCAGAUCCAACUCUUCCCCGUACAAAGUCAGUCCGUUGUACUCAAUGCAACCAUGGAGAGGCUGUAUUUUUCCAGGCAACAUCUAGAGGAGAGGAAGGUAUGACAUUGUUCUUUGUCUGCUGCAAUCCAAGCUGUGGUCAUCGCUGGAGAGAUUGAUCGUCCCAACUUUAUGCUAAUGAAUCUGCUCUGACCAGCUGUUUCUGAUAUCAUGUAUAUUAUAAAACCAACAGCAAGACUAAUAUUGGUGGAUUAGUUAUUAAGCUCUGUGAACUAGAGUUACCCCUUGCUUUAAGAUGUAUACAAUAUCAAAUUACUCUGCAUAAAUUACCAGUCUUUUUAAUAUUGUAUUGGCAAUUUACCAGUUUGGCAUCUGUUUUUUGUUCCA